AACAACUUUUGAACCUUAUUCGCAAGGAAGAGUAUUACUAGCUGAACUUUGCUUUAUAUACAGUGCUACAAAAGUAUUGCAAACAAGGGUGACGAGGACCUUGCCUCUUAACCUGGCUCUGUCAUGGAUGAAGAGACUCAGCACAGCCUUGAAUGCAUCCAAGCUAAUCAGAUCUUCCCCAGGAAGCAGCUGAUCCGAGAGGAUGAGAAUCUCCAGGUCCCUUUUCUAGAACUUCAUGGUGAAAGCACAGAAUACGUGGGACGAGCAGAAGAUGCCAUUAUUGCACUUUCCAACUACAGGCUUCACAUCAAAUUUAAGGAAUCCAUUGUGAAUGUUCCAUUACAGCUUAUAGAAAACGUUGAAUGCCGGGACAUAUUUCAGCUUCACUUGACUUGUAAGGACUGUAAAGUUAUAAGGUGUCAGUUUUCUACCUUUGAGCAGUGUCAAGAAUGGCUUAAACGGCUGAAUAAUGCAAUCCGUCCUCCAUCAAAGAUAGAAGAUCUGUUUUCAUUUGCUUACCAUGCCUGGUGUAUGGAGGUGUACGCUAGUGAGAAAGAACAGCAUGGUGAUUUGUGUAGACCAGGCGAUCAUGUAACAUCAAGAUUUAAAAACGAGGUUGAAAGGAUGGGUUUUGAUAUGAACAAUGCCUGGAGGAUUUCCAAUAUCAAUGAGAAGUACAAACUUUGCAGUAGCUACCCUCAAGAACUCAUAGUUCCUGCUUGGAUCACAGACAAAGAGCUGGAGAGUGUGGCAGGCUUCCGAUCUUGGAAACGCAUCCCUGCUGUAGUUUACAGGCACCAGAGCAAUGGAGCUGUAAUUUCCCGUUGUGGGCAGCCUGAAGUCAGUUGGUGGGGCUGGAGAAAUGCCGAUGAUGAACAUCUUGUCCAGUCAGUGGCCAAAGCCUGUGCUUCAGACUCUAGGUCCAACAACAGUAAACUAAUGAAUGGAAACUGUUCAAGAGACUUUUCUAAUGGAGGAGACUUCUCUGAUAUGGAAUUUGAUUCCUCCAUGUCAAAUGCUUCAGGAACUGAAAGCUUAGCUAUCCAGCCUCAGAAACUCUUGAUCUUGGAUGCACGCUCUUAUGCAGCUGCUGUGGCAAACAGGGCCAAAGGAGGAGGCUGUGAAUGCCCAGAGUAUUAUCCAAACUGUGAAGUAGUGUUCAUGGGAAUGGCAAACAUCCAUUCCAUCCGGAAGAGUUUUCAGUCGCUGCGUUUGCUCUGCACACAAAUGCCAGACCCUGGAAACUGGCUAUCGGCUUUGGAAAGCACCAAAUGGCUGCAGCACCUGUCUGUGCUCCUGAAAUCGGCACUGCUGGUAGUUCAUGCAGUGGACAGAGACCAGCGACCUGUCUUGGUGCAUUGUUCAGAUGGCUGGGACCGAACACCGCAGAUAGUGGCUCUGUCUAAGCUGCUACUGGAUCCAUAUUACAGGACCAUAGAGGGUUUCCAGGUGCUGGUGGAAACGGAGUGGCUGGAUUUUGGCCAUAAAUUUGCUGAUCGCUGUGGCCAUGGUGAGAAUUCGGAUGACCUGAAUGAACGCUGCCCAGUGUUUUUGCAGUGGCUCGACUGUGUCCAUCAGCUCCAGAGGCAAUUCCCUUGCUCUUUCGAGUUUAACGAAGCAUUCCUUGUCAAGUUGGUGCAGCACACCUACUCUUGCCUUUUUGGUACAUUCCUGUGCAACAAUGCGAAGGAGAGAGGAGAAAAACACACCCAAGAAAGGACAUGUUCAGUUUGGUCUCUGCUGCGAGCAGGAAACAAAGCCUUCAAAAAUCUGCUCUACUCCUCCCAGUCGGAAUCUGUGCUGUAUCCUGUGUGCCACGUACGAAACCUAAUGCUUUGGAGUGCAGUUUACUUGCCGUGUUCUUCCCCUUCUACCCCAGCGGAUGAUACCUGUGCCCCUUAUCCAGUCCCAAACUCCACUCCUGAAGAUCAGCCUCUGGGCAGGCUACCAAAGACAAGGUCCUUUGACAAUCUGACAACGGCCUGUGACAGCGGUGUACCUACAACCAACCGGCGCAGUAGCGACCCCAGCCUCAACGAGAAAUGGCAGGAACAUCGGCGUUCUCUGGAGCUUAGCAGCCUUGGGAAUCCAGGGGAUGAUCUCUUUGAUGGAGAGAACCUGGGCAAACAAGGCAGGACUCUGGUUGGAGCAGAGCUUUCUGUGGCUGCAGGUGUAGCAGAAGGACAGAUGGUGAAUAUCUUACAAGAGGCUACCAAGGAGGAAGGGGCCCUGGAGGAAAGCUUGAGGAGCACUGUGGAAACAGCAGAUAAAGAAGGGGAAGAGGAUGUUCCCCAGGGUAAAGAAAGCAGGACUGAAAACUUGGAUGGCUAUGCUGAUAGUCAGCAUAAAAAGAUUGAGAUGGAGGCAAAAACUCUUGUGGACAAUCAAGUUUCCAUCCAACAGGUGGAUUCACAGGAUGCUUUUGAGCUUCAAGGACAAGAGAAUGAGCAUAUAGCUGUCCAGAAGCCAUCUCAGGUGAGAGGACUGCAGACUGGCUUUUUGGACAGCAUUGUAAAUAGUAGCGUUCAAAGAGCAGAGGAGGACAAUGCUAGACUAUCUGUAGAAACUGAACACCCCCAUGGUACCCCCCAGCCUAGCCCACCGUCGCCUGUCCUGCAGGAGGCAGGAAUAUCAAACAUGGAGAGUUCUACUGAAACCUUAACAGAGAAUGGAACUAAGCCAGAGCUGAUCCAAAAUGUCCCUUGCCGUUGGUUCCAUUCCACGGGAAACAGUGCUGAUCAACUUGCUCAGACUGUUGAAAGUAGACCUGAGAGGGAGGACACGAUAGAACUUCACAGAUUGGCAACAAACUUAAACAGGACUCCUAAGAUCAGCAGCAUGCACAACCUGUUGCCUUCACCUUGUGCCUUGCCUUUAAGUGAAUGUAAAGAAGAGAUUGUUUGUAAUGGGGAGCUGGAGUCAGAGAACAAGGUGACAGAGAAACCUGCGGGGUUCAGUGUUGGCCAGAAAUACCCCGCGCCAAAUGGACACUGUGUGAAUGGAGAGGAAGGUAGGAUAAAGGUCCCUCUGAGCCGGCAGGUCUCCACAGCUAGCUGCAGUUCUGCUCCGUUGCAUCUGAGGAACUUGCACCACAAGGGGGUUCAUACCGCUGCAGGCCGGCAGCAGACAGCAAACAGCCCGGACCAGCCUGCACGUAGCCAUCUGGAUGACGAUGGGAUGCCAAUUUAUGCUGAUGUGAUUCAGCAACGCCUCCGCCAGAUCGAAAGCGGACAUCAGCAAGAGGUGGAGACAUUAAAGAAGCAGGUGCAAGAAUUGAGGAGCCGGUUGGAGAGUCAGUACCUGAACAGCUCACUACGUUUCAAUGGUGACUAUGGAGAUGAAGUGACUUCUAUACCUGACUCGGAAAGCAAUCUGGAUCAGAACUGCUUGUCUCGCUGCAGUACAGAGAUUUUCUCUGAAGCCAGCUGGGAGCAGGUGGAUAAACAGGACACAGAGGUGACGCGGUGGCUUCCUGAUCACCUGGCUGCACACUGUUAUGGCUGCGACAGUGCGUUUUGGCUUGCUAGCAGGAAGCAUCACUGCAGGGACCCUGAACGUGUUGAUCAGACUUGGAAUUGUGGGAAUGUGUUUUGCUCCAGCUGCUGUAACCAGAAGGUGCCAGUCCCCAGCCAGCAGCUCUUCGAACCCAGCCGGGUCUGCAAAUCCUGCUACAGCAGCUUGCAUCCUAACAGCUCCAGCCUUGAUCUCGAACUGGACAAGCCUAUUGCUGCCACUUCAAACUGAAGCUCCAGCCUGCAAGGAAGCUGGGGGAGAGGCUGCCGCCUUCACCCCCCUAAGCGGACACGCGCCUCCUCGAUGGACUGAAGCUGGUUGGACUGGAGAGGCUGUGCACUUUGGAGCGGAGAGUGCAGAACACUGCUCAGAGGGCGAGUGUGAGGAUGUAUCUGCGGAGUGUGGAAACCUCUCCUCUCCAUCUGUUGCUCCCCAUUUCCUUCUCAUCCUACUUGUGUGUUAUAUUGUGUUGAUUUUGCUGAAAGACUGUGAAAAAGGGGGCUGGGCCUGGAAAUCUGUUUUUCCCCCCCACAGGCAUUUUUUGCUGCCCUGCUGAUGAAUUGCGCUGCAGACAGAUAGCUCCUGUCUUACCCCAGAUGAGAGUAGGUGCAAUCAGUGCAGGGACAUUGUGAAUACCUGUAGCAUCAGUGCUAGUGCUUUCAGUCACUCCUGUUGCUUCCCAACAACAAACUGCUGUUUGGGAAGUUGUUGCUGCUAGAAGAAGUGGAAGCUGCCUUCUCAAGAGAACUCUCUCCCUCUCUGUUCUUAGAGUGGGUUUAGUUAUCCUUGCUGCAUGAAAAAGUGGGAGCCGGUCGCAGUUCACCUCACUGGGCAAUUCUUUGCCAAUGUCGGCCAACCUGUGGCUUGGAGUGGGAAAUGUCAGGACAGUUAUGGCUAAAGGAAGUGUGUGCUUGUUUGAGGGAAGUGUGAGGGAAGGUGAUUGGGCAGGCCACCUGUUCCCAGGGUGGGUUUUUUUUUUAACUGGCACCUCUAUGUAAGAUGCAACCUAUUUU